UUGAGGUUAUGUGUAAAAAUGAGGUAAUGAAGUUUGAAGCAUGAUUGAAGUGUCUUGAAGUCUUGAAGUCGAAAUUUUGUUAUAGAAAAGCUGAAAACACCGAAGUUAAGUCAUAGUGUUUAGUGUAUUAGCAAUGGAUAAUUUGUAAAAUUGAGAAGCACCAGCCGAUUUCAUAUAGGGUUAGUCGAAUCAUCAAUAUUUUUGCUUGGAUUACUCUCUGAAAUCCAUUGGCACACCCUGCAAUGUCAAGUCGAGCAUGUCAAACACACCUAAAUAUCCUUUCAUUUAAGGUGCGUUAACUGCUGUGACAAUGGCCUCCAGUGAGCAAAUUGAGCUUUCCAACUUCAUCAAGACAGUCCACCAUGAGCUCAGAAAUUUAGCGCUAGAGGAGGGGUUUGAUGGUGCAUGGGAAAAACACUGCAAGGAUGAAAAUACUUUGAAGAGGUAUGCUGAGGCUAUGCAUAUUUUGGCCGUUAAUCAUUGGGGUGGAAAGAACAAAGAUGACCCAUCACGAAGUCGAAUCAUAUGGGUUCAUGAACAGUCUUCCUCUUAUUUCAGGAAUGGACUUUUACUGAAAUCAAGAGAUAAAGAACUACGCCUUAGAUCUUCCUUCAAUCUGUCAGACAAUGAACAUUCCAUAGAAUUUAUCAAAUUUCAUCCCCCCUUUAGAUUAUUGGAUGUUGGAAGUUGCUAUAACCCUUUUAGUGCGUUUCAAGAGUUUCAGACAAUUGCUAUUGAUCUGAUGCCAGCUACAAAGGAUGUUCUACAAUGUGAUUUUUUGAAAGUUCCAAUAGUCGAAAAAACUGUUUCUUUUGAACAGUGUCAUGAAUGUACUGUUUUACCUGCGCUCUAUUUUGAUAUUGUUGUAUUCUCCCUGUUCCUGGAAUAUAUACCAGCUCCAACCAAGCGCUAUGAGUGUUGUGUGAAAGCUCAUCAACUUCUGAGGCCAGAGGGUAUUUUGAUGAUACUGACCCCUGACUCGAGACAUGAAUCAGCCAACUCAAAACUAUUAAGGGCGUGGAGACUGAGUUUAGCAAAAAUUGGGUUUUUUCGAGUUGGGUAUACGAAAUUACAGCAUUUACAUGGGCUUGUUUUUCGAAAGUGCAUCGAUUCUCGAGUGUCUCAGUUUUGGAGUCAGCGGCAACCUGAUAGUAUAUACUCAAGUGAAAGUUUAUCGAUUCCUCAGGAUGUUUCUGAUUUUAUGUCGAACAAUCAAAUAUUGUCAUCUGAUUCAGUCUUUGUCAAAAGUAGCCAAGAUGAAGAAAUAAUCGCUAGUGAUUUCACUUUUUUACCAAAUAUAGAUGCUGAAAAUUAGACAUGA